AUGGAUUUGGACGAUUUCCGAUCCAUAUUGGACACCUCGGGCGUCGACGUGUGGAUGUUCAUCGACGCCGCAAUCGCCGUCGCCUCCGCGGACUGCGCCGCCGAAUUGAAGCGCCGCCGCGACGCCAUCGUAGAGAGCCUAUACUCCGCCACUGCCGCGCCUCCGCAGUGCCGGAAUUGCGACGAAGGCCACCGCCUCAGGCCCAACGGCCAUCAAAUCACGAAGCAGAACAGCCCUAGCCCUAGCCCCGAGCGGCAACCUCACCAACGCCGCGCCGCCGCCGCCAAUUCCCCGGCGACGCCUCAGUCUCCGGACAACGAUGAUGGCGGCGAGGAGUUGGAUCCUUACGGUGGUUUGUUCGACGACGAACAGAAGAAGAUUCUAGAAAUUAAAGAGCAACUCGAAGAGCCUGACCAGUCCGAAGAUUCCUUGCUGGAGUUGCUACAAAGCCUAGCGGACAUGGAUAUUACAUUCCAAGCUUUGAAGGAAACUGACAUCGGGAGGCACGUGAAUCGGUUACGGAAGCAUCCUUCAAACGAAGUUCGUCGAUUGGUGAAGCUGGUUGUCAGGAAGUGGAAGGAAAUUGUGGAUGAGUGGGUGAAGUUGAAUCCACAGGGAGGAAGCAACACUCUGAUGGCUGAUGGAGACUCGCCUGUGCAGAAAACCACCCAAAAUGGACAUCAUCAUCAUCAGAUUCCUGAUUUUGCAUACUCGCCAAAUCCACACAAUGGGAGCUCAGGGUCUGACCGUAACAACUCGGAAGCAGAACACAAACCAAAAGUAAUUCCCCGUAAUGAACCUCGACCAAAACCCGCGCCAGCACCAUCCGUUUCAACCCCUGCUUCCGCUUCUCAAAACAGACAGAGGGACAGCAGUUUUGACGCCGAGAGGCUUGCUUCAGCCAGAAGGCGGCUUCAAGAGAACUACAAAGAGGCCGAAAAUGCCAAAAAGCAAAGAACGAUUCAGGUGAUGGACAUCAAUGAAUUACCAAAGUCAAAACCCAAGAAUGCCUUCUUUGGGAAGAACAAAGGUGGUGGUGGUUCUCAGGGAAGGCACUGGUGA